CUUCAAUCCACCAAACGACCAAAUAGUUAAACUCCGCGUCAUUCCCUUGUCUCCCUAGCUUGGCGCUUCCACGCAUCCACAAGAACCCUGGAGAUUAAUGCCAUGGAAGUCGUCCGAGUAAUCUCCACAACAACAAUCAGGGAACCCAAUCACAAUAACUCGACUCAGAAAAUCGAUUUAACUCCGUGGGAUCUCCGACUCCUCACAAUUGAAACCAUCCGAAGAGGGCUUCUUUUUCGCAACGAAAAGCACACACCAAACCAAAUCAAACACCUCCAACACUCCCUUUCUUCCACUCUAGCCUUCUUUCCACCCCUCGCAGGUCGUCUCGUCAUUCUCGAACAUCACGACAACAUUGUCUCGUCCCACAUCGUAUGCAACAACGCAGGAGCACUCUUUGUCCACGCCGUUGCAGACAACACCACCGUCGCCGACAUUCUUCAACCCAAAUACGUUCCUCUCAUUGUUCGCUCCUUCUUUCAACUCAACGGCGUUAGAAACUACGAAGGCACGUCACAGCCCUUGUUGGCAGUGCAAGUCACGGAGCUAGUUGACGGCAUCUUCGUCGCCGUCACAAUCAACCACAUCGUUGCCGACGGCAAGUCGUUUUGGCAUUUCGUGAAUUCCUGGGCUGAAAUUUCACGUGGUAACCCUAAAAUAUCCAAACUCCCUACUCUGCAACGUUGCUUUCUGGAUGGCAUAGACUGCCCCAUACUGUUUCCUUUCACAAAGGAGGAACACUUACACUCCCCAAACCUCAAACGACAACCUCUUCCUAAUAGGAUCUUCCAUUUUACAAAGGAAAAAGUCUUGGAACUGAAAUCAAAAGCGAACGCAGAAGCCAACACCGACAAAAUAAUAUCUUCUCUGCAAGCACUAUUAACUCUCCUUUGGCGUUCUGUGAUUCGUUGCCAACAUGUGGGGCCACAAGAAGAGGUUCAUUUUGUUCUGCUGAUUGGCGUUAGAGCCAGGAUGAUUCCACCACUUGAAGAGGAUUAUUUCGGAAACGCGAUUCUGGCUGGUCGUGUUACCAUGAAAGCAGGGGAACUAUUAGAGGGUGGGCUCGGAAAGGGUGCUUUGGAGAUAAACAAGAUGAUUUCUUUGCACUCUCAUGAGAAAGUAAAGAACCACUAUGAGUCUUUGGCGAGAACCCCAAUGCUUUCAACGCCGGGUAUUGGCGCUGCUAAUUCCUUGAUGAUUAGCAGUUCACCGAGGUUUGACAUUUACGGUAACGAUUUCGGGUGGGGAAAGCCUGUGGCCGUUCGAAGUGGAGAUGCAAAUAUUGGUAACGGAAAGGUUACUGUGUUUGCUGGUUCUAAAGAAGAUUCAAUUGAUAUUCACGUGAGCCUUCCUUAUGAGAUUUUGGAGGCAAUGGGAAAUGACCCUGAGUUCGUGGAUGCCAUUUCCUAUUAGUGAGGGUGCAUGGCAAACACUUAGUUUGGUUUAGCUCAGCUCAGAUCCAUGAUUAUGUAUUCAGUGUAUUGAAAAAUUGUAACUUUGUUUGCAGUUUCUUAUUUUCAGCUCUGUUUUACUUUUUAUUUAUGUUAUGGAAUUCAUCUCUUUUAUUA